AUGCAUCAUCCGGCAAAUCGACCUCUCAAGAAAGUCAAGGUCGAGCACAGCAGAGAUAGCAGCGAAGAUGAAUCCUCUGUGAAGUCUUUUCAAGCCGAUUUGAGACCAACACAUCUAAAUGCCGAUGAGGAGUUAAGAUCAGAAACUGAAGACGAUGGGGAUCACCCAUCUUCGAGUUCUGUGCGUAGAACAGAGUUCGAGGAUGCUCUUCCGCCUGUGGCCACUGACAAGGAUGCAAUUGAGGAGUAUGAGGCAAUGCGAGCAUCCCAAAGGAGCGCCGCAGAAGAAGGUGAAGACACUACUGCGGCCUCCAAUUUUGACAGGAGACAAUGGAUCCGAGGCAAAAGUUCCAUCUAUGUGGACGCCUUCAAUCUUGCUCUGGACACAGUUCUAGAGGAUGAGGCUCAUCUCUUUGACACAAAGGAGAUGAAUGUAUUUGAAGCCUGGAGAAGCCUUGACUAUGAGUCGCAAUACCUGUAUGUCGAAAAGCUAACAUCUUAUAUUAGACUGUUGCUGAAAUACCCUAGAUAUGUCAGGCUUUUCUUGCGGAAAACUGCUGCGUGGCAUCGCAGUGACCGGUUAGGUUACUAUAGUGAUAUAACAGACCCAGAGGCAGCUAUUGAGGCCUUGCAGGAGAAACGCAACUUCGCUAAGGAGAUUCAUGAGGAAUAUACCUCAGGCAGCGGUGAAGUUGCUGGAGUCGCACUACAAGACUGGUCGCUUGGCGAGUCUUUCACCUUUGCCGACUCAUCGGAGGAGUUCAUCACAUCCGUGAAGGAAGCGGCGUCGUUAUUAAGUCUGGACGAACUGAAAACGCUCGCCAAGGAGGCAAAAGUACAAGGCAAGAAUAAGGCAGAUAUCAUCAAGAAGCUUUGUCAGAUGAGUUCCCAGCAGAUAGGACUCGUGUCCCUGGGUCUGCGUCGGGAGAGCACAAGCGGAUCAACUGACUCUAAAGAUGGAGAGAGGAACGACAGCCAGACGCCAGACCCUGCGACGAACUAUAAUCGAAAUGCGCAUUUCCUAGGCAAAAUGCUGGCGAUCACAGGACCCUGUAUACGACUAUCACCGCCUGUUUUCAAGCUCUUUGAGCGGGUGCACCUGGUAUUUUACCGGUCCACGGAAUGGACAGAGAAGUCACUCACGACGAUUAUCCUAGCAAAGAUCUCACGCAGGAACUUUCCACAGUACAUUGUCGAUAGAACAUCGAAUAUCUUCCCUUCUCGUCAAAGCCUUCUCGAAUUUGAGCAAGCCAUGAGGCUAGAGUUCGAAGUGGACCAAAUUCUGGAGUUCAACGGACCUCCAGGGGAAGUUGGCUUCCGUCGGGUCUUAGAAAUAUUUAACAGCCUCUCCACAAAGUGGAGAGAACUUCUCCGCGAAGAGCUGCAUAAGGAGGAGAGAAUCUACGAAUUUGGUGAAGGAGGCUACCUUCGUCGCCUGAAUCCAGCCCACGCUUACACCCGAAUCGCGCAUAAAGCUGCACAUGUUCUCGGCCGGCUGCAUGAGUAUCAACAAGAACAUGCUCUCCUGACAGAGCUCCUCGACCAGAGACUGUUCCAAAUGGCCCGUCGCGGAUCAUGGUAUCAGCGCAAAGCACUUCUAGAAGAGCAUUAUAUGUUCGAGGUUGACCCAAAUCCUAGGUCUGCUGAUCCUGAACAGCAGAAGAAGCACUGGCGGCGGAUCGCUGUCUCUACGUGCGAGACAGCUCUGGAAGACCGCGAUUGCCACCUUAUCUACCACUACGACUUGCAGAAACGACUGACAAAACUUGAGAGGAAGUUGAAAAUCCCUAAGCGUCUCCAGCAUGAUUUUGGCCACGUGCGAUUACACGCGCCAGAAGAACAUAACGUACAUGGUAUUCAACUUAAACGGGACGAUCCAACUGCUGGAAAGCGUGGAGGAACAUCUACGAAAACGAUUUGGGAGGAUGAGGCCGAAGGAGGCGGCGAAUGCUCUGUAGAAGCCAUGUGUCUAUCGCAUUACAGAAGCGAGGGCUGGAAAGGCUAUCACAGCGAAGGCGGGAUCGUUCGGACCCUGUUUGCCUACCUCUUCUACGACAUUCUUUUCCUCUAUAUCCCUAAUGUCUUUCAGACAGCAUACCAGACCUGCCCUCUCGACCUCCACACGGAUGCUUUCUAUCCGACACGGGCCAGCGAGAUCAACCAUCGACUUGUUGAGAUCGCCAAUGGCGGAGCUGAGCAGAUACUUCGCAAUGUGGAUACACAGCACCGUGAGCGGCGAACCUGCAUCGUGGGGUUGAACUGGGAUUACGAGCUCGAUGACCUGUUGGAACUCGUACGCUGCUUCCGAGGAGAGGCACUAGCGGCCAUCUGUAAGGUCAUGGCGCAAGAGUACGGUCAGCGGGGUGGAGGCAUUCCCGACCUUGUCCUCUGGCGCACGGAACCGCAGCCCGAGUGCAUGUUUGCCGAGGUGAAGAGUGCCAAUGACCGGUUGAGCGAUACGCAGAGGCUGUGGAUACAUGUGCUCACGGGUGCUGGGGUCAGAGUUGCUCUGGUCAAUGCCAUUGCGAAGGAGGUCAAAGAAGUGGACUAA